CGGCGGCGGCGGGGGAAGAUGCUGCAGUCCCUGGCCGGCAGCUCGUGCGUGCGCCUGGUGGAGCGGCACCGCUCGGCCUGGUGCUUCGGCUUCCUGGUGCUCGGCUACCUGCUCUACCUGGUGUUCGGCGCCGUGGUCUUCUCCUCGGUGGAACUGCCCUACGAGGACCUGCUGCGCCAGGAGCUGCGCAAGCUGAAGCGGCGCUUCCUGGAGGAGCACGAGUGCCUGUCCGAGCCGCAGCUCGAGCAGUUCCUGGGCCGGGUGCUGGAGGCCAGCAACUACGGCGUGUCAGUGCUCAGCAACGCCUCCGGCAACUGGAACUGGGACUUCACCUCCGCGCUCUUCUUCGCCAGCACUGUGCUCUCCACCACAGGCUAUGGCCACACUGUGCCCUUGUCCGACGGCGGUAAGGCCUUCUGCAUCAUCUACUCAGUCAUCGGCAUCCCCUUCACCCUCCUGUUCCUGACAGCUGUGGUCCAGCGUGUCACCAUCCACGUCACCCGCAGGCCUGUCCUCUACUUCCACCUUCGCUGGGGCUUCUCCAAGCAGGUGGUCGCCAUUGUCCACGCUGUCCUCCUCGGGUUUGUCACUGUGUCCUGCUUCUUCUUCAUCCCGGCGGCCGUGUUCUCUGUCCUGGAGGAAGACUGGAACUUCCUGGAAUCAUUUUAUUUUUGCUUCAUUUCCCUGAGCACCAUCGGUCUGGGGGAUUAUGUUCCUGGAGAAGGCUACAAUCAGAAAUUCAGAGAGCUCUAUAAGAUCGGGAUCACAUGUUACCUGCUACUUGGCCUUAUUGCCAUGUUGGUAGUUCUGGAGACCUUCUGUGAACUCCAUGAGCUGAAGAAAUUCAGAAAAAUGUUCUAUGUGAAGAAGGAUAAGGAUGAGGACCAGGUGCACAUCAUGGAGCACGACCAGCUGUCCUUCUCCUCCAUCACGGACCAGGCGGCCGGCAUGAAGGAGGAGCAGAAGCAGAACGAGCCUUUCGUGGACGCUCAGUCCCCGGACUGUUCCGAUGGCUCCGCGAACCAUUAAGAUUAGGGCUUCGCUGCAUCGCCCUAGAGCCCUGGGGCAGGGAGCAACAGGCUUCAUUUUGUUCAUUUUUAUGAGAAUGUAAAAGCCAGAGUGGUGUUUUUAACAAAUAUCUAUUGUUUGCAUAUUAAAAACAGGAAGCUUUUACUCUGGAGGACUGUCGGAUAUCUGAAGAAAUGCAAUAGGUUCCUAUAAUUGAUAUUCGACGAAGUUAUCUAGACUUAUAGGUGAAAAAAAUAUUUGAAUGCUGCUGUGGAUAGAAGCAGAUUUUAUACUUUUAAUUGGGUACUUUGGGGUUUACUUAAAUCACUUAGCUGUGGCUCAAUAGCAACAUUUAUAUUUACAAGCAAAAAAGCAUAAAGAUGUGUUUUAUAAAUAAGUUUGUGUGUACUGGCUUGCAUGUGCCUAUCCAAAAUCCUUAUUUUUGUAGAGUCUAAGUUAAAACUACUAUUUAUAAUGAAUAGGUAACACUAACAGUGUACAUAUAUAAAGUAUAAAUAUGUUUAUAUCCUGUAUAUAAGGCUUAGUUCACCAAUUCCCAGCGUACUCUUAACCCAAGGUUGUAGAUAUCUUUUCUUUUGAUUUCUCUUUAUACUAAAUAACCAAGAGUUGCUACAAUAAAGGGGAAUAAUGCAGUUGAGUGAAUUACUCUAGUAUUCUUCUACAAUAAUGUUUCUAUCCUCUUACAAGAGUAUCACAUCAGGCAUCUAAAGUAUUUGUAAGUAUUUUUCUGGAGUUGAACAAAUAAUGAACAUAUGAGCUAUAAAAAAAAAGGUUAAGACAUUUUAUUUUGAAAUGUAUUGUGAUACACCGAUAUAAGUAAUAAACCACAGAUCAUGAAUAUAGAGGCAAAAAUGAACAGAUUCUGUCAAACUGAUCAGAGACUUUUUGAAUUUAUAAGGUGAUAUAAAUAAAAAAAUCAU